AUGGCAUCCCGCAACCUCCUGGCUAUCGCUGCUGUAUCUGUAGUUCUCUUCUUGAACUUGGUCUUAGCAAACCCGCUCCCGCUCUUCGACCACACAUCGGGUGCCCGAACUCUUAGGUCACGUGAAGACGAUCUCCCCUACAGUGGGUACAUGCAACUGACCAUCCCGCCGGCCGACACAACCAAAACCCAAGUCUCUACUACCGCAGGAGGUGGAGGGCUCGAGGCCUUCGCGGUUUUGAACGAGGGUGGGAGCAUUCUGCUAGUGGUAUACGUGGAACGGGAUUACGUAUCCGAUGACUUCAACGGUCUUAGCGGUUACAGAAUUACAGUACAAUGUCACGAGUCUACCAUCCAUUUCGAGCAAUAUCAUGAUCUGCUCUACCAUGACAGACGCUCGCUCUGGGCAAGAGUGUCUGCCAGACAGCUAGACGAGUGGAGGGAAGAAUAUGAAACCAACGAGGACAGUGAUAUCGACAUUACCAUUUGGUGGGAGAAAGACAGCGUAAAUGACGACGAUGAAUCCUCUCAGUCGGGAGACGGCUCCAGUGCAGGAUAA